CUACUAACCUCAUCCUGCCUCCUUGGACUGACCUAUCUCCUCCCUACCUCCCCACCUACACUCACCUUUAGUGGCUCCAUCCCCGCCUCUUUGACCUGUCUGUCUCCUCUCCACCUAUCUUCUCCUCUAUCCAUCUUCUAUCCACCUCCCCCUCUCUCCCUAUUUAUUUCAGAAUCUCCCUCUCCUCCCCCGUCUCUGAAGAAGGGUCUAGGCCCGAAGCGUCAACUUUCCCGCUCUUCUCAUGCUGCUUGGCCUGCUGUGUUAAUCCAGCUCUACACCUUGUUAUUUCAGAUUCUCCAGCAUCUACAGUUCCUACUAUCUCCGUGACAGUCUGCUACUGCUCCAAUUGUCCGGACAGGGAUCUACUGAACAGAAGCUAUGACCUUCACAAGAUGGCGCCGCUGCGACCCCGCCGGGUGUGGGGUAGGAUUUACUUUUGGGAAUCUAGUCGGAAUGUAUCUGGCACAAAACUAUCAGAUUCCAAAUAUCUCUAAGAAGUUUGAAGAAUUCAGAAAGGAUGCAGAAACCCGAAGAAAGCCACCAAAUGAUCGAUCCUGAGGUUUACAACUCUCGGAUAAAAUUGGGAUAUACACAUUCAGUCACAAGCACUAUAUGGACUGGGUGCAAUAAGUAACAAACUGUACUGGGCCAAUUUAAGUACUAUUUAUUUAGCACUAAUUAAGCAUCAGUACACUCAUUCUGAGUCACCAGUAUUUAUAUUACUGGUGAUCUAUUGUUUUACUAUGUUUGAUCCAGUUGAAAUUUAAAACUGCUUGUAUUUGUGUAGCCAAUUUAAUAUUUGAUGGGAUGUCAAUUUUAGUCAGUGGAAUUAAAUUGUGACUGAAGGUCUGUGCUGAAACACCACUGAUGACAACAUAAAAUCUAUGUUAACUCUGAUAUCCUGCUCUUUAUAUUCAAAUUGUAAUUAAUUAUAACAAACUGCUCUCAAAAUACAGAGUCACUGGCAGUGUAACAAUG